UCGAUGGAAUUAAGUAUUCAAAUUUGUACAUGCUUAACAGGUGCUUAACAGCACAAUGUUAAAGCUCAACAGCCACAUGUGUUGGCCUAUUUUCAACACUGAAUGGGCGCCAUUCCCCAUUUUCAUUUUACAGUUGAGACGAUGCCGAUAUACAUCAAAAAUUGUAACGUUUCUUUGUACGAGUAUGUGCCACGCCGUGGUCGCCGGGCCUCGGGAGCCCCACGCGGACGGGCCCCGGGAGCGCCCCGCGGACAGGCCCCGAUAGCGCCCCGGGAGUGCAAGGAGAACGGGCCCCGGGAGCGCCGCCAGGCCAGCUCCGACGUCGGCCACGGCGGGCCCGGAACCCAGCAGUCACUGAACCAGCAGCAGCAGGACAAGCAGAAGCAGGACCGGCAGUCACUGAACCAGCAGCAGGACAAGCAGAAGCAGGACCAACAGCCACUGAACCAGCUGCAGCAGGACAAGCAGAAGCAGGACCAACAGCCACUGAACCAGCUGCAGCAGGACAAGCAGAAGCAGGACCGGCAGUCACUGAACCAGCAGCAGCUGAACCAGCCGAAGAUGCAGAAAAAGCCUGAUCGGCCAUUGUAACAAUUAAAAUAACUUAAAAACUAAAAAGAAAAU